UUUAUCCUUUGCUGGCAAGUUUUGUUGAAGCGAUAUCUGUUUUCCAAUUCCAGCAAAUAAAAUACGUCUCUCCGUGAAGCCGCCAUUAUUGCUUCCCCUUGUCCCACAAGCCCCCACAAUUCACUUACAGCGCUUUGGCCAAACCUUUUUUUUCUUUUGAUUUAUUAAAUCGCAGAUCUAUAUAGUUCCAUCCUCUUCAUUGAACUUUCACUUUUGACCCAGUUUUGCGCACUUCUUUAAUAUCUUUGCCUCCGAUUGCAUCGAUAAGGGUUUCCUGAUGUCCCGAGGUCGGUGUACAUCCAAUUAAAGUUAAACAAGCCCAAGUCUUGAAUUAUAUCAACAGUUUCUUCUCUUUGGUGAAGGAGAGAAGUUCUCAGCUAUAGGGGGUUUUGAGCUCUUUCUUUAGUUCUUUUCAGAGAAGGGCGUUUAUGUUUGAUUUUUGGUAGCCUGCUGAACAAAUGGCGCCCAUAUACUAUAUCCUCAUUGCAUUGCCUUGCACCGUUGGUGCCAUUGGACUGGCGCUUUUGCACAUAUACAGACACCUUUUGAAUUACACUGAGCCUACUUAUCAACGAUACAUUGUCCGCAUCAUCUUUAUGGUUCCUGUUUAUGCACUAAUGUCAUUCUUGUCACUCAUCCUAAAUGAGAGUGCCAUCUAUUUCAAUUCCAUUCGAGAAAUAUACGAGGCUUGGGUCAUAUAUAAUUUUCUAUCACUGUGCCUGGCAUGGGUUGGCGGCCCAGGGUCUGUUGUUUUAAGUUUGAGUGGCCGAGUUCUAAAGCCAAAUUGGUGUCUGAUGACCUGCUGCUUUCCUCCACUUCCUUUGGAUGGGCGCUUUAUUCGAAGGUGCAAGCAGGGAUGUUUGCAGUUUGUGAUUCUCAAGCCCAUAUUAGUGGCAGUUACAAUCAUACUUUAUGCAAAAGGAAAAUACGAGGAUGGAAAUUUCAGUCCAAUGCAGUCGUACCUCUACCUCACAAUUAUAUAUACUAUCUCAUACUCGAUGGCACUUUAUGCCUUGGCUUUGUUUUACGUGGCAUGCAAAGAUUUGCUCCGGCCAUUUAAUCCAGUUCCGAAGUUUAUCAUUAUAAAAUCUGUCGUAUUCCUUACAUACUGGCAGGGUGUUCUGGUGUUUCUUGCUGCAAAAUCUAGACUUAUUAAAGAUACCGAGGAAGCUGCUGAAUUUCAGAAUUUUAUAAUUUGUGUUGAGAUGCUUAUUGCAGCUUUUGCUCAUCUUUAUGCCUUCCCGUAUAAGGAAUAUGCUGGUGCAAACAUUGGUCCUUCUCGUGGUUUUACUGCUAGCCUUGGACAUGCUCUUAUGCUAAAUGACUUUUACCAUGACACAGUCCACCAGUUCGCUCCUACUUAUCAUGAUUAUGUUCUCUAUAAUCAUGGUGAUGGUGAAGAGGGGGGUGCAACAAAGUACAGGGCAAGGACUUUCGUCCCAACUGGCCCAGAGAUGGAUACUGUUAGAAAAAAUAAGCACAUAUUUGGAAACAAACAGGAAGAUGUACAAUUAUCUAGUCUCUCUCCCUCUGCUAAUAACAACAAUGCACAAAAUCCUGGUGCAGGACACCAAACAGGGAAAUCUGAAGCAAUGAAUUGCUCGCUGCUUAUGGAUGCAUCAAAUAAUGUUUCAGCGCCCUAUGACCUAUCUCUGAUCGAUGUUGACAUUUCAAAUUAUCCAUCUAAGGUACCUGCAGCCAAUUCUGGGACAAGGUGAUAAUGACAUUGGAUUUUCAUUCAUGUGUGAAUUUUUCUUUUUUUCUUUAGUUUUUGUUGGGAAUUAGAUGUGCACUAGCGGUCUCACGCAAUCCAGAUUGUCUUUCUAUGGAGCUCAGAGUUGUAACUUAGUUUGUAAAUGUAGGCAAAGCUAGUUUUCAGCCAUUUCUUUUUGAUUGUUUGAUCCUAUUUCCAUAUUUAGUGUAAUUAGAGAAAACCUCAGUUAUGUUUGCGCUGGAAUGAUUAACUCUAGCUCACUAUAUAUUACACAAGGAACUUUUAUUCUCUCUCUUUGGAAGGUUCCUUUUCGUUCCUGA